AUGGUCAAUACAACUCAACCGAAACUCAACAAAUCACAAUCCAAGAUCCGACUUAGAUUAGGUCUUGGUUCACCCAACGCUAAAGCCAAACGACCCCAAACUGAACAACAUCUCUCACCCAACCCGUCACCCAAUCCACUCUUAGCAGCUUCCACAUCGACUUCCAACUCCGGUAUCUCCCGUACGGACUCUCGUUCGGCAUUUACCUACGACUCAUCCUCUACUCCAUCACCACCUCAUAAAACUGAAUUCGACACUAUCUCCUAUAACACUAUUUCGCCCGAAUCGCUGAUCUACCAACAACCUAAUGGUCAUGCAAAUCAUAUCCACGGACAGAUCAAUGAAAGUUCAAGUACACUUAUAACAUCAUCUGAGGGUGAUGGGGAGUAUCAUGUAGAUCAUCCAUCUUGGCAACAACAGCAACAACAACAAGUAGUAAGACAGGAACAAUCGUAUUAUGGUGAAAGUGGUGAAGAAGAAGAUGAAAAAUACGAUAAUGGAGAAUCAACGUUACAUCCUGCUAUAUCAUCUAUCACAUCCGGAACAGACGAUAUCUUCUCUAUUACCGAUCAACAGCUUUCAGAUCGAUUUACGUUCAUAUCUGAAAUUGGGUUUGGGAAUUGGGGCAGUGUAUGGUUAUGUAAACCGAAACAUACGAGAUCAAGUUAUCUGUUCGAUCAACAUAAUGAGAAUGAAAGAGCGAUUUUGAAAUUGGGUAAGAAAGCUGCUGUUUCUGGUGGGACCGGUGCGGGUGGAAAGGUAGCAAUUAAGUUGGUACAUAGAUCAAGGAGUGCUACCACCGCAGCAAGGGUACGAGCUCUAUGGGGUGAGAUGAAAAUCAUCAGAUCAUUACGAUACGAGCCUCAUCCUAGUAUCAUUCAAUUUGAGGCUUUUGUCAUCACUCCCACUUAUGCAAUAGUGAUCAUGCCACACUUGGCCGAGUUGAUCCCCGUCUAUCUCGCACCUUCGAGAGCGACACCCUAUCUACGUCAACUAGCAUCAGCCGUUUCGUACUUGCAUGAAAGAGGAAUUACUCAUAACGAUAUCAAACCAGCCAAUGUUCUUUUGAGCCAUAAUGAUAUUCCCGUAUUGGUCGAUUUCGGAUUCGCUCAGCAAUGGGAUGUAAAUGCGAGAGGCAGUUUCUUGUCUUCUAUCUCUUGGGGUACACCUGAGUACCUUGAUCCGAUCAGAGCGAUGGGUAUGCCUCACGAUGAGCGUGCUUCGGAUGUAUGGUCUUUGGGUAUCACAAUGUUCGAGAUCCUCAUUGGAAGAACACCUUUCGAGGAAAAUGAAGAAGAACAAUUUGCCACUCCUGAAGAGCUCGUACUGUACUACGAAAGAUCAAAGAAAGGUAAAUGGGUUGGUGAAUGGUCAAUGCCUGAAGAUCUCGAAAACCUUCUUCGACAUAUGAUCCAACCUGAUCCAGCUUAUCGAAUCUCUGCUGUGCAAGCAUACCACCAUCCGGCAUUACAACCUGCUCCACCUAGCGUAAUCAUCACUCCUCAUUUCGUUAGGGCUGCAGCAUCUUUCGAUGGAUAUGAUCAGGCACCCAUUCCAGUUCCUUCUGAAUAUACCGAAGCUUUGGCAGCUGCCAAGACUGAGAAGAAGAAGAAACGAAAGGCCAAGAAGGAAGGUGAUACCCAUCGCCAUCAUAAGGAUAAAGAUACUACUCGACAUUCUCAUCGAGCUACUACUCCAGCAUUGGGAGAAUCGAUCAAACAGCAUACAAGUAUCUCAAAAGCCAAAACCCACAACAAAGGUGAUAGGGCUGAUGACAAAGAGAAUGUCAACGUCGAUGCUCAGAGAGCGUUGAACAAAUUGGUGAUUAGGAAAAGAGAGGAGGAGAUUAAGGAUAAAGAAGAUGAUAACGAUGAUCCUACUCCUACAAAAGUACUCAAACCUGCUCAACCGCUCAGAAUCAAAGAGCUCUCCCUUAUCGCCGAUAAAAAGGUAGUCCCCCGAACAUCCAAUUCAAACCUCACGAACCUCUCCCGACCAACCUCAUCUACAAGCCAAAAUACCACUCAAGGCGUACUUUCGCAUGCCACUUCGACAUCGACUAUGAAAGAUAAACGAGUCUCCGCUAUAUCUACUACUUCCACCGUACCGAAAUCGAAGGAAGAAGCAGUAUUGAAAACGAUGAAAUCUCUAGAAGGUACACGCAAACUGGUACAUGCCCAUACUCACGAUAAAGCUGCUGAAGCCAUCGCAGCUGUCAAGAGACAUGCACCCGAACCUCCCAGACCUAAAUCACUUGACUCGGCAGUUGAGUUGAAGAAAGCCGAUUCGGUAUCUAGAAAGGAAGAUGAGAGACGAAGUUUGGGUAUUGAGAGGGCCGUGUUGGUGGAUGUGAGAGAGGAAGAGGUGGAUAUCAAGGUGAAAGAAGGUAACAAAGAGGUCGAUACUAUCAUUCACUUCCAUGACAAUCAUGAAGAUAAAGGUAAACGACCUGUCAAACAUGCUGAGCCUAUGUCACCUCCUCGAGACAAGAGAUCAUCAGCCAACCGGGUUCCUACUCCUUCACCUCAGAAGAUCCGACGAGCUGGUCGAAAACCUCAAGCAGAGAUGGAUGUCUUACGUGGCAAAGUAUUCCCGGCAUCUGAUGACGAAUCUCCUCUAUCCGAAUUGAGAGAUAAGAUACUGGUAUCCGAUCAAGAGAAAUUAGUGAGAUUCAGACAGGUCUCAGGUCGAGGCGAUCAAAUGGAAGUACUCGCUCCUUCACCUGUUACAACCUCCAAACAACCUUCCUCGAACACCGCUGGUCCAAAUACCACUUCAACCCAGAACGAAAUCAGACAAUCGGUCGAUUCGUACGCUUCUACCUCGGCGAGUGGCUUAACCCGAACUCGAUCUGUCGAGGCACUCGAAAUGGAUGGUCGAUUAGAUAAGAUGUCCAACUGGAUCAAAUCUGUUGAAAAUAUCAUUGAAGAUGCUAGAAAAGCAAUUGCGGAAGGUAGAGAACCACCUUUACCUUUACUCACCCUAACCGGUGCUGUACCUGUAUCGGAUGAAGUGCAUACAACGAAGAAGACAUUUGGCUUAACACCUGAUAAAGCCAUCCCAUCCCAUUUGAGAACUUCGUCAACCCAGGUUGAACCUUCCACACCACCCAAAUGGGCUACCACUGCAGGUCCUAUGGAUAUCAAAGACGCUGAAGAGAAAAUCAAGAUGGCUAAUAAAUGGUUGGAGGAACAGGGUAGGAAAGGAAAGAAGGAUAGACCAACUGUAUCUCAUGUGCUUAAGUUGUUUGGUACGGAGAAAGAAAGACCUGUAUCUGGAUCAAGAUCAAAUACUCCCGAUAUCGCCCAGCUCGUCCCACUCAAACCUCCCGCUACGUCCACCUCAUCUCACGCUUUGAAAGGUGCUCCUUCAACGCCAGCACUACGAUCAUCUACUACAAGGGGAUUGACCAAAGUACCCAUGCGAAAAUCCGAAUCGAACUUGAGAAACUUCAACACCAUGCCAGUCAUACCUUUACCAUCGUUCGUUGCUGGACCAAAGUACGACCCUUUAUCCAUGUCUGACGAAGACGCAGACCACGAGUUCCAAUCCGGCUUAGGUUCACCGAGAAGAGUAAUGUUUGAAAACCUCUUAUCUACCGAGCCGGGAGUUAUCAGACAAGGUGAAGGAUGGGGAAGCUUGUCAAGUGGAAAAGGAUUUAUGAUGGCUGUCAAACCUUCUUCAUCAAUGGCAUCAUUGAGAGAAAGAGCUAGAGCCUUAUUGGGUGAUUCGAACAGUCAUACCCACGGUAAGAGCGAUUUAUCGAAAUCAUAUGACAACGGUGGAAAAUUGGAAAAAAGAUCUUCUAAAUUAAACUUGAAUGCUCAAGAUAAAGAGAUACCAACUACUCGACCUAAUACACCUGGUGCACAGAGUGUACUUACCCUCCGAACAGUCGAGGGACAUAAGAAAGGUUGGUUGAAGAGUUUGAAAGGUGCUAUGGGGAUGGGAAAGAAGAUGGAUAAGGUCGAGGAGGGAUUAUAA